CAGAAUACGUGUAUCUCGUGCUUUUUUUUUUUUUUUUUUUUUUUUGAGACGAAGCCUCGCCCUUAUCGCCCAGGCUGGAAUGCAAAGGCGCCAUCUCGUUUCACUGCAACCUCCGCCUUCCGGGUUCAAGAUUUUCCUGCCUCAGCCUCUCAAGUAGCUGGGAUUACAGACAACUGCCCCACGCCCAGCAAAUUGUUUACAUUUUUAGUAGAGACGGGAUUUAACCAUGUUAGGUAGGCUAGUCUAGAUCCGCACACGCCUCGGCCUCCCAAAGUGCUGGAACUACAAAAUUGGAAAAAUUAUUCCCUAGAAAACGGUGAUAUUCAGCAUUAAAGCUCUUUAUGUGAGACUUGAGUGGCUCUGAAAAGAGCCUUUGAGUUCUAAAGUGCCUAAGCACACAUUUACUUGGAGCUUGUAUACUUGGUGACAGCCUUAGUACCUUCGGACACUGCGUGCUUGGCCAGCUCUCCAGGAAGCAGCAGUCGCACGGCCGUCUGGAUCUCCCUGGAGGUGAUGGUGGAGCGCUUGUUGUAGUGCGCCAGGCGGGAAGCCUCGCCUGCGAUGCGCUCGAAGAUGUCGUUUACAAAGGAAUUCAUGAUGCCCAUGGCUUUCGAUGAGAUGCCGGUAUCCGGGUGAACCUGUUUCAGCACCUUGUACACGUAUACGGAGUAGCUCUCCUUACGGCUGCGCUUGCGCUUCUUGCCAUCCUUCUUUUGCGCCUUGGUCACAGCCUUCUUGGAGCCCUUCUUGGGAGCAGGAGCUGACUUAGCUGGCUCAGGCAUAUUGUCAGAAAUUAAGAACAACAGUAAGGAUGAAAGCACUUAAAUAACAGCUCGUGUCUAGAGUCUCUCCUUUUAUACGUCUUUUAUGCAAAUAAAGAACUCAAAUUAUUCAGCACUGAUUGGGCAAUGUGUUAGUGACGCAUACAUGUAAAAUAGCUUUCACCUUAUUUCCUUUCUAAUUGGUUGUUUCGUCAAAGAAUAAUUUUAACCAAUCAAACUGCGCCUUUUACAAUUCUACCGACGACUAUAACUAGCUUCUUAUUCCUCCAUCGAGCACAUUCUUUUUCUUUAUCCUGUUGGUUGUUAUCUCUUGUGCUGCUAGGAAGCCACUAUGUCUGGACGUGGAAAGCAAGGCGGCAAAGCUCGGGCAAAGGCUAAAACGCGUUCUUCCAGGGCCGGGCUGCAGUUUCCAGUCGGCCGUGUCCACCGCCUCCUCCGCAAGGGCAACUAUUCCGAACGAGUCGGGGCGGGCGCUCCUGUGUACCUGGCGGCGGUGCUGGAAUAUCUGACCGCUGAGAUCUUGGAGCUAGCUGGCAACGCGGCUCGCGACAACAAGAAGACCCGCAUCAUCCCGCGCCACCUGCAGCUAGCCAUCCGCAACGACGAGGAGCUAAAUAAGCUUCUAGGUCGCGUGACCAUUGCGCAGGGCGGUGUCCUGCCCAACAUCCAGGCCGUGCUGCUGCCUAAGAAGACGGAGAGCCACCAUAAGGCCAAGGGCAAGUGAAAUGAUUACUAGUCGAGUCCAUCAGUGACCCCGAGUCCCAGAAACCAAAGGCUCUUUUCAGAGCCACCUACUUUUUCUGUAAAGUGCUGGAAUACACAUACAAUGCCUGAAACCCUGUUCUAGUUUUACGAAUGCUUCUAACGUUACUGGUCAGUUCAUGAUUGAAAUCCUUGCUCACA